AAUAAUAAUAAUAAUUAAAUAACAGUUUUAAUAUAAAAGUUGAUCUUUGCACUCUACUUUUACUGAGGUCAACUUGUUCCUUCCCUUGGAUAUAUAUUGCAGGUCUACUUUUAUUCAGGUCAAGUUGAUCUUCAUAAGGCAAUCAAGAUGAAAACAAUGGGUUCAUCCACAAUGAAUGAAACUACUCCUGCAACAAAUAAACCAAACCAAAGUGAAGAAGAAGAAUUGGUUGUGAAUGAUGAAGAAUUAGAAGAGAUUACAAAAUCCCUUGAAAAGGUUAACUUUAUGGGUAUUACUAAUAUCCAUUUGGUUAAAUUUCAAGACUUCUGGUAUUUUAGUUCUUCUGAUUUUUUCUCUGGCCUUCUUCUUUUCCAGAGACAUUUCCUUGCUCGAAACACUGAUUUAAUGGUGAAUAGCUUCCCUAAAACAGGUACCACUUGGUUAAAAGCCUUACUGUAUUCAAUUGUUAAUCGGGUCAAAUAUCCACCCAAACAAAGCCCAUUACUUACCCACAAUCCACAUCAACUUGUGUAUGAUCUUGAAAACAUUUAUGCAGGUUUCAACCCAAAACUUCCCCGCCCACACCAACUUCAUCAACUUCCUUCACCUCGGUUACUUCAUUCUCACUUUCCUUAUCCCUUACUUCCUGAAUCCAUCAAAUCUUGUUCAACUAAAAUCAUUUACAUUUCUCGAAACCCUUUAGACACGCUUGUUUCUUAUUGGAAGUAUUAUCCCAAACUGUUGAAAUCGUCUACGGGAGAUGAGACUUAUGAAGGUCCUUGUAUACAUGAUUUCUUUCAAGAUUUCUGUAAUGGUUCUGUAUAUUGCGGGCCCUUUUUUGAUCAUGUUCUUGGGUAUUGGAAGCAGAGCUUAGAGCAACCUAACGAAGUGUUGUUUUUGAUGUACGAAGAUUUGAAAGAAAACCCAAGAUUUCAUCUAAAGAAGUUGGCUGAAUUUGUUGGAGUGCCAUUUUCUCCAAUGGAAGAAAAUGAAGGUGUUAUUGAGGAUAUAAUUGAACUUUGUAGUUUUGGAAAUCUUAAAGAACUGGAGGUUAAUAAGAGUGGUGCGGUUAACAAGUAUUGUGAGAACAAGGAAUUUUUCAGGGAAGGAAAAGUAGGAGGGUGGAAAAAUUAUUUAACACCUUCUAUGGCUGAUACAAUGAAAAAAUUAAUGGAAGAAAAACUUGCUGGUACCAAUUUGUCCUUCAAGUUGGAACCUUAAAAUCUAGUUCUUGAAAUUAUAAUAAUAGUACACAGAUUAUUGUAAGGGACGGUCUCUUUGAGAGACGCAUUAAAUAUAUGGGAUGAGAAAAUAAAAAUAUGGGUUUUUUGUUUUGAGGUCGUCUCUUUAAGAAUCACGAGAGUAUGGUCAUGACAACAAUCAAUGAGUUCGAUGAAAUAUUGAAGGAUGUUUUAGUUUAUGUUUGAUUGUUACGAAACCAAUUCAUUUGAAUUUAUCAUUAUAUAUUAUAUAUUGUUCUUAGAAUGAUUUUUUUUUACCUAAUUUACUCUUUUUUUAUAGCAAAUAGAACUAUGUUUGAUUAUAUUCUAUACUUUAAUUAAUUCUGCAUCAUAUUAAAAUAAUGCAUGCUAUUCAUAGCAAGUUUUUUUUUUCUUUUUAAA